AUGGAAGUUGGUAGUGAAAUAGUGAGAGGAGUUGUAGAGGUCCUCAUGGUUCCAGCUAAAAAACAACUGGAUUACCUAAUUUCAUACAAAAAAUAUGUGGAGGAUAUGCACCACAAAAUGAUCGAUUUGGAUGGUGCAAGAGUCGGUGUGGAAUCCCAGAAGAAGCAAAACAAAGAAAGACUUCUUGAGAGCAGGCACAAACUCAGAAGGAAAGCCUUCAAGAUAUUUAAGGAGAUCGAGAGUGUUCUGGGAAGAUGCCCUGAGAUCCGAGGGACCGAACUGCAAAUUCCUCUUGGGAGAAUUGAUUCCAACAUGGCAUCCACCUCUACACCAUCAGGAGAUCACAAGUCAAGAGUGAAGACUUAUAAUAAAGCAUUGGAAGCACUCGGACCCGACCACAAACCUCAUAUGGUAGCCUUAUGGGGGAUGGGUGGAGUGGGGAAGACCACUAUGAUGAAGAAGCUGAGGUAG